GGGAGGUGCACAGGAGCUCGUACAGGGAGGAGCACGUACAGGGGAGGAGCACGCAAGGAGGCGUACGCAGGGGGUGGGCCGCUAAAGACCCUGGGAAACGAAGGAGCGCACGAGCACGCCCUGCACGCUAGCGGAGCAGGAAGCACGCCCCAUCACCUGGUGCGAGUCCCGGCCGUGUACCCCCUCAGCGCUGCCGCGAGGAUGGCGACACUGGGGCGCGGGGGUCCCAGCCUGCUCCAGCUCACCCUGGCCCUGAUCAAGCCGGACGCCGUGGCCCAUCCCCUGAUCCUGGAGGCCAUUCACCAGCAGAUCCUGAGCAGCCAGCUCCUCAUUGUGCGAACUCGAGACCUUGUCUGGAGGCGGGAGGAUUGCCAGCGGUUUUACCAGGAGCAUGCAGGGCGUUUUUUCUACCAGCGCUUGGUGGAGUUCAUGGCCAGUGGCCCAAUCCGGGCCUACAUACUGGCUCACAAGGACGCUGUCCAGCUCUGGAGGACCCUCAUGGGGCCAACCAGGGUGUUCCGAGCUCGCCACGUGGCCCCCGACUCUAUCCGUGGAAGCUUUGGCCUCACGGACACACGCAAUACCACCCAUGGCUCAGACUCGGUGGUCUCUGCCCGCAGAGAGAUCGCGGCCUUCUUCCCUGACUUCAGCGAGCGCCGCUGGUACGCGGAGGAGGAGCCCAUGCUGCGCUUGGGCCCUGUGUACUAUGAUGCAGAGGGAGGCGUUCACUGUGUGGCCAGAGGAGGGGAGGCCUCGGGUGGCCUGGAGCCUCCGUCCUGAGGUGGACAAGUGCUGGGCCUCCUCUGUGUUGGUGCUUCCUGGGAAUGAGAGGCAGGGGCAGGGUUGAAGGCAUCCUAUCGAUGAACUUACCUGAAUCUCAGUCUCCUGUUCUGUGAAAUGGGGAGCGUGGUCCUGCCAAGCAGGGCUGUUGAGAGGAUGAGCGAGAUCGUGUGACUGUGGAAACGUCCGGCCUGACCCCGGCUGCAGAGAUGCCCCUUCCUUGAGAUCUCAGCCUUCUUCUUUCUCACUGUUCCCUGCUGGGGUCCUCUGCCCUGCCCCCCCUCUCCCUGCUGGGCCCCAGGGGUGGGGGGGGGGUGGCUCCCCGCCCUGCUGUCUGUGUCUCCAGCCCAGCUCCUGCCCUGGCCACCCACUGACCUCACAGGUUAUCGGUCCCCUCUCUCCACCUUAGCCCCUGUGGCUUAGACCUCGUUGGCACCAGAGAUGGCUCCUCCCCCUUGAUCCUGAAUGCCAAGAUGUCCUUCUCAGACCCUCACGUCCUACCCUCCUCGCCCUUCUCAAUCCCCUGCCCCAGGCUGCCCAGAGCAGGAAUUUAGAGCUGGCCGGAACCAUGGGCCACUGCCUCUGCUGGACCUCCCCACCCUGGGGCCACCCUCCCCUAAAGGAGAGCCCUUCCAUGAUGGGAAGGACCCUCCCCCAGCCUGGCUGCCUUGGUGCAGUUCCUAAAGCUGAGCCAUGGCCUUCCUACCAACGGGCUCAGCGUGGAGCAGGGCCUGCGUGCCCCUUCCUGGAGCUCACGGCCCAGGAAAACGCCCAGGUCUUUUCUGGUCAUCUUGGUUCUGUCCUAAGAGUGGAGUGCCCCCCCACACCCCAUUUCCAGGGGGGGACCCUGUGGUCUGAUGCCCCCACUGUUAGGUUCCUAGGAUGCCCCGCGUGGUCAGCCGCCCGCCUCGUGGUGGCUUGGGCUCCUGCCCCCUCGUCUGCGUGCCUACCCUGUAUGGGCCAACGUUUGUUUUUGUACCCCCCCAGCACUGGCUCCACUUUGCUCCCCAGAUAUCGAUGUAACUGUCUGUUGGCCUCUAGUCCCCCAUCAUAGGCCCAUCCCUGAGGGCUCCCCUGCUGGGGAGGCUGGGACGUUGUGUGGACCUUCAGACCCACACAGCUCUGGCCUUGGGCCUCAGUUUUCUCCCAGCCCCCAUCCUUGACUCCCUCCCAGAUGUGGGCAGAAGCCUCGUACAAGUGCUUUGUGGGCCACCAUUGUCUUUCAGACGGCCCCAAGCAGCUUGAGGCCCAUCAGUCAGACGGUAAUGAACUUGGGGGUGGGGGGGAGUGGCGCGCCUGGUCAUCCCUGCUGUUUCUCUGUAUCAGCCCUGCCUUUGGCCCCUAGAGGAGGCCAUGUGAGCCCAGUCAGGACAGCACCAGCUGGUUCUGGGAGUGGGCUCAUGAAAAGGAACAGAGGUUUUUCUGGGUGUCCCUGGAGCCCUGACAGGCCUGGGCUGUGAACUGAGCAGGGGGCCAGCUCUGUGUUCCACAAAGUCCCUGAGUGAAAGAACUCUUUCAUAGAGCUCUGGUGCCCUGAGGAAUGCUGAGUGAUGUCUCCAUAGAGACUUGGUAAGAGAAUUUGUCAUUUUGGAAAAGAGUUACUGAGCAGGCCUGGCUCAUGGACCCCAAGGCAACUUUGACCAGGUGUUUUAGUGAGGAUGCUGAGAUGGGAUGGGAAGCAGAGGAUUUCCUGGGCUCAGAUAAUGGGGAUUUGACAAGACUGAAUUUGACAGGAAGUUUCACAAAGCAUGAACGUUAAGUCCUGAACGUGGUUUGGAAGAAUAAAAUGUCACAGUGGUCCAUGUGCGUUUA